UCUCCAGCCUGACUCUGAGGCGCCUGGUGAGCGCGGAGACGGCACAGCUCAGCCGGAGUCGGGCGAAGCAGGGGCGGAAAGGCGUUGCGGCGGCGGGGAAGGCGCGGGCCCGGCGGGGCUUCCCUCCGCGCCGCUCUCGGGCCUCGGGCCCCGCGUCACCCAGAGGGCCUCCGCGGUGCGCGGGCGGCGGGCGCGAUGUGGCGGAGGCCGGGCCCGGGGCGGCUGCCGCUGCUGGGGCUGCUGCUGCUGCUGCUGGGGGCAGGCGCGGCGGGGGCGCGGGGCGCGGGGGAGCCCGAUGACCCGCACUACCCGCAGGGCGAGCACCGAGCCGACUACGACCGCGAGGCGCUGUUGGGGGGCCAGGCAGAAGCAGAUGAAUAUGAAAAACUCAGUCCGGAAGAGCAGCAGAAAAGGCUGAAGGCUAUCAUUAAGAAAAUUGAUGUGGACUCUGAUGGUUUCCUUACUGAAAAUGAACUCAGCACGUGGAUCCAGAUGUCCUUCAAGCACUACGCCAUGCAGGAGGCAAAGCAGCAGUUUGUUGAAUAUGACAAAAACAGUGAUGGUGUGGUGACGUGGGGCGAGUACAACAUCCAGAUGUAUGACAGGGUGAUCGACUUUGAUGAGAACACCGUUCUGGAUGAUGCUGAAGAGGAGUCUUUUAGGCAGCUCCAUUUAAAGGACAAGAAACGGUUUGAAAAAGCGAAUCAGGAUGUAGUUCCGGGUCUGAGCCUUGUGGAAUUUAUUGCUUUUGAGCAUCCUGAAGAGGUUGAUUAUAUGACGGAAUUUGUCAUUCAAGAGGCUUUAGAAGAACAUGACAAAAAUGGUGAUGGGUUUGUUAGUUUGGAAGAAUUCCUGGGUGAUUACCGCCGAGAUCCAACUGCAAAUGAAGAUCCUGAAUGGAUACUAGUUGAGAAAGACAGAUUCGUGAAUGAUUAUGACAAAGAUGGGGAUGGGAGGCUUGAUCCUCAAGAGCUUUUAUCUUGGGUAGUACCCAAUAACCAGGGGAUCGCACAAGAAGAGGCUCUUCAUCUAAUUGAAGAAAUGGAUUUGAAUAGUGAUGCAAAGCUUUCGGAGCCAGAAAUCAUUGAAAAUCAGGAUUUGUUUCUUACUAGUGAAGCCACUGACUAUGGCCGGCAGCUCCAUGAUGAACAUUUCUACCAUGAUGAGCUUUAGAAACCAGCAUUGCUCGGUCUCCGAGUCUGUUUGCAGUCCUGACAACUUUGUCAUCUUUUACCAGCUUAAUUUUGGGACUAUGAUGUCGAUCUUAUGAUUUUCAUUCUAAAUUUUGCUACACUCAAACAUUUUCGAUUAUGAUCUUGGCCUUUUAGCAGAAAAACAAAGUGAAAACAACCAGACGUAAGUUUUUAAAAUGAUUUAAGAAAUAAAAAAUUAAUGUUUUGCCAAAUGAAAAAGUUGAACUGUCUCUAAAUAUUCCCUACUACAUUACCUAAGUAGAUGGAGCAUUUGCCAUUUGCAUUAUAUUACCAUACUUGAAUAAAAUGGAGGAUUUAAAUAAUGUCUCAACGUUAUUAUGUAAGUAAUAAGUGACUGAGGUACCAGUAAUUUUUUUUUAGUUUUAUGUAGAUUUUAAUAAUUUUGAAAUGGAAGAAAAAUGGACAAUGUUUAGGUUUAGUGUUUGUGUUAAAACCUUCAAAGGAACUUACUAAAAGACUUGUACCUCACAUAUUAAUAUGGAGAGGUUCUGCUUAAUUUUUAAACUAGUUUCUAUAGAGGGUUUAUUGUAUGAAAUAGAACUUUAUAUUUUUGCAUAUGUAUAGAUAGUAAUUAUAUUUAAUGUAUAACUCCUAUAGCAUUAUGGUGUGUGGAAUAUUAACGUUGUCCAGAACUUUUUGCAUUUUUGACUGAUUAAAAAGGAAAUGCCUCGUCUUUCUA